AUGUCGGAUAGCCGAAGGUGGUUAGUCCACAGUGUUGCUCCAAACAGUGAAAGCCAUAUUCCUUGUGGGAGCGGCAGUGAGCACAAAAUGAAUGGUGCUAAGCGCUCCAAGCCGGUCAGCCUGAAUGUUGGGGGUGUGAUUUAUACCACAUCUUUCCUGACCCUCAUCAGUUACCCAGACUCCAUGCUGGCUCGCAUGUUUGAAGGGGACUUGCCUUCAGCUAAAGAUCGUGACGGAAAUUUCUUCAUUGACCGGGAUGGUAACUUAUUCCGUUAUAUUCUCAACUAUCUUCGGACUCGUAAGAUUCAUCUGCCUGAGACGCUUGUGGAAUUACAACAGCUGAAAGAUGAAGUGGACUUCUACCAGAUUCCCACCCUGAAAGAGGAAGUAUGUAUGGAGCUUGCCCGGCGACAUGAGGAGAGCAUGGUCAAAUUGCUACCCCCCAACUGUGAUUCGGACGGUUACUUCCUUGAUGUGAUUGAGAUCAACACGGUAAAGGCAAACAUGAAAAGUCUGCACUUAAUUGCUCACGCUGAUGUGAUACGCGUUCUUCCGCUCAACCCUGAAGACUAUGCUAUCCUGCAAGCUUUGAUGGAAAUUGUGAAGUGUACAGACUACCACCCACAGAAGAGUAACACUGGCCACAUGUGGUAUAUGGGCAAAGGUUGCUUUGAGAUACAGGACCUCAAUUACUUGACAAGAGUUGAAAUUGCUGAGAUUGUUAGGGUCCACGGUGCCCGACUGAUCUCCUCAUCUGUGUCCUUUUCUAAUAGCACAGAAACAAAUAAUGUGCAGACAAUUCUGGUCAUGGACAAGUGGCAUGUUCCAGCGUACUGUGUACAGAAAUUGCGAGAGAGCUGCAUGGCUUGUAAAGCCCUGCCUCCUGGCCGCACAGUUGGCUUUUUGGACUGGAAUCAAGGUGACUAA